AUGUCAUUAAAAGAUAAUGAAGAGUUUAAAUUUGCUCUUAGAGAUAUCGUGAACAAUUCAUUCAAACUAGAAUCUCAGUUUGAUAGAGUUAGGUGUGCAGAAUGGGUUCAUAAAUUAACAAUGUUACCCGACGAUAGCCUUGAGAAUAUCAAAAUUCGGAAUGAUUAUAUUCAAUAUUUGCGCAUUAUGAUAAGAGCUGGCAUAAUGCACGGAAUAUUUUCAGAUAGUCCUCCACCUGUAUUAGCUCCAUUUCCAGAAGCUAUUGGAAAACAUAUCACAACUCAAGUGCCUUCUUUACCACCAAUGGGACCAAUUAAUGUAUACAUGAAACAUUGGUCUCCAGAUGGAAGAGCAUAUGUGGCGAUAAAACCUAUCCCGGGAAAAGGAGUUUUGACUUAUCUAUCAGUUACACCGCAACCUGACGGAUCACACAGUUAAAUUUUUGUAAAAGAAUUAUAAAAAUAAAAAAACUGAUAAGUUUUGUAAACAAAAA